AGAUUGGGCACUCCCUGUUUGGAAGACUAAAAGCACGAUCUCCAUUUACAUAUCACGAACUACCGAAUAUAAAAUAAAUGCAUCGCUCUUCUAGUUACCAUAAAAAUUUGACUAGUCCAAGUAACCAGGCAAUCAUGCGGACCGUCGCUGUGUUGGCAAUUAUUUUAGUCGUAUGCUACGCCGAGGAAUGCAGGGACGUUGGUGGCUGCCAUCACGUGACAUGUGCAACUGGGUGGCACCUUGCGUGUCGAGAGCGUGAAUGCACAUGCCUUACUGGCGCUGCCGGUGGUUCCGCCCCCAACUGCACUCUGGCCUCCGACUGCCAUUGUGACAGAGACACACCUCACUGUGUGGACGGGCACUGCAUGUGUGGCUUCAGACCCGGUGGUGGAAAAUAAACGUGUCGCUGCUAGACUUGCAAAUCUACUUACAUGUUUAUUACGAAAAAAAAUCCCAUUAAAUACUUGCCAUUUU